AGAUAACGCCACAUAUGGCAUUCAAGUGAUUACCAUCAGAUUUUUACUAAUUUGAACAAGGUCUUCACUGAAAGACAAUUGGCGAGGUAUUCCUUCUUUAGACUAAAUUUUUUAGAUAGACGUUGAUCCCUUUUUUAAAAACAACUUUGAUUAUCCCAACAGUACCACCAGUCUAGAAUUAAAUUGUAGUUUUCAACUUUCAACACAACAAUUUCUUCUUUUAAUUUUGUUCAUAUUUGUAAUCUAAUAAUGAGUUAGAUAUUGGAAGCUAUCUGGAUGCCGUUGUUCAGAAAGACAUUUUCUUGCCGUUUUCGUUUUCUGUACUUUCCCUUCACCGUUGCUGUACAACUGCUACUGCAGCUGUCAAAAACAGAACACCCGAGAAACGUUCGUGUUUUUUGUUGUGAACUAAACUGCCCGUCAGCUCGGGAGCUGCUUUUUAAGAAACAACCAGGAAAAUUGCAUACCAGUUGACUAUAUCCCAGGCUGUUGUGGGUAUGGCCGCAAAUGUGUACAAUCGUCGCAUCCUUUGGUUUGUAACGCACAAACUCUGCACUUGAAAAGGGUAGGAAAUGGGAAACCUUUUGACCAAUGGAUUAGUUCAAGUACGUGUCACAAUGUGUCACGGCGUUUAGCCCAAACGAGUGACGAUAUACCACAAGUUGUCCUGUUUCUGUUGGAAUCGAUAGAAAACUUGCGCUUAUUUUUAUAUAGUUAUAUAGAAAAUCUUGAAGGGUAUAAAAGGUGGUCCCUUUUAGCGUUCAAAUUCUAUUCUCUAAAAUCUCCUACAGAAAAUGAAAUUAUUUUUAAUUUCCUUCCUUCUACUUGUCAUCUCUUUGGCUGUGGCCGCGGAGGCCCAAUCAGCCAAGCAACGAUCGUCCAGCAAGGGUUCGUCGGAUAACCGAUUGACAAGCCGCAAUUUUGCCGACAUUUUAAAACCGGAAAUGGCUAUUCGAUCUCUUCCGUCCUUCUGCAGACCGUGUUUGAACCGAUCUUCAAUGGCGACCAACGGGACCCUUCGUCCCACCAUCAAUAAGUCGAGCAACGGGAAAAGACAGUGCAGCUUUCACAUCAACGCACCCGCCAAUAAGCUCAUCCAGAUGAACUGCUCGGUCGUCAGUCUUAAAAGUCCGGGCGCUGAAUUAGCCAUCUACGGAGGUGCUGAAAUCAACGUCAAUCCGCCCGUACUAAAUCGAAUUUACACGUCAAGGAGCAAUAGUAUGUUCCUGUUUUCCAGGGUCGACAACACGGACUGGUUCGACUGCAAAUGGAAAACGAUUCCCGUGCCGAAAACAACUGAAUAUCAACUUUGUCGGGAUGGAACGUCCACUUCACCCAACGGGACCAUUCAGCGAUCAGCGGACGAUACCAGCAUAGAGCCGAGAAUGUGCAUGUUUGCCAUUAUCGUUUCUUCUGACCAACGAAUUCAGUUGAUGUGCUCCAACGUUAGCCUCAACAGUCCUGGGAGUUAUUUACAACUGGUCGGUGUGUCUGAUUUAGACGAGGAUCCGCCCAUUGAAAACGAAAUUUAUUUGUCAAAUGGAACGAGCAUCCAACUGUAUUCGCAAUUCAGUAACGGAGAUUGGUUCGAUUGCAAAUGGACAAGUUUCUCGACGUCAACAACCAGCGCUGCUCCAAUGACGACAUCAGCCACCUCAUUUUUCACAUUAGUGGGACUCGAAGAAACGUCCAAAACUCCUUCGACAACUUCGGCGGCCAUUUCAACAACAAAAGGAACGACAAGCGCUGGUCAAAUAACAUCCACUGCAACAACAAGGGCGACGAUUCGUUCAAUUCAAUUGCCGGCUAAUCCGACUUGUGCGACUUUUGAUCCAGCGUGCGGAUUGGUCUGUGGCCCAUUGACGUCAACGGGAGGUGUUGUACAGAGUCUCAAUUUUCCCGCCGACUACGUGGGUUCAUCUGAUUGCAUCGCCGUUAUUGGUGUCUCACCAGGAAGGGGAAUCCAAUUGACGUUCACCGACUUCAAUUUGGCACCUGGCGAUUACGUUUCUGUUUCCGAUGCACAAGGUGACACAAUAAUGCGCAGUACGUUUGGAAACCAAAUUAAGACAUCGGUCUUAAACACAUCCACCAGCCAAAUGACCAUUAAUCUUAAAGGCUAUUCAAGAAACAAAAGUGGACCAUAUAAUUUGCAAGCGACAUUCACAGCGGUGUAACAGCCUCAGCGCUGUUUAAGUAUUAAUUGACAAAUAAAAAAAAAUUCAAUCGGCCUCAAACUUGCUCCCUCGUUCCGAUUCCCUGACCUGUUUCAAAUAUAAUUGCAUUUAAAUUUAAUACCAUUCGACUGGGGGUGUAACAAAACCAGUGUUUACAAUUUAACCAAAUUACUCAUUUCACCUCACAGAAAUAGCUAGACAGGUGUUUUGG